ACGAACUGUGAUGAAGUAAAAAGUUUUAGGACUUUUAGUUUCAAUUUUACUAUAAAAAGCUGUUCAAUUUAAACGUUUUAGCAAUGAGUUUGACUUCAGAGGAGCCUGAAGUAGCAGUAGACUCGAUAUUUCGGUCAGAGGAAGAGGAAAUCCCUUGUAAUUUUGAUUCAAAUGAUGUUGAAAAGCCAUGCUUUCAAGGCGCAACUGAAGAAAGAGAAGAUGGUGACGAGGAGGUCGACGAGGGACCAAACAACGAUGAAACUUCUUGUGAAAAGAAUACAAAGAAAAUAAGAUUAGAAGACCCAUCCGCAGAAUCUAUGAAUACUAGUGGACAGAUUAUGUCUAAGUCCCAGAGAAAAAGAUUAAUAAAACAGCAAAAAUAUUUAGAAAUUAAAAAGUUACGAAAAUUACAGAAGAAAGAGAAGCAGAAGUUAAGACGUGAACAACGCGAACUUGAGGGCGAGAAGGUCCAAGAGGAGACGGGAAAUGAAAAACAUGUAAAGAAGUACAAAACUAUGGAUUCUGAGGAUGCUUUGUCUCUUAAGGUGGCCAUUGAUUUGAGCUUUGAUGACCUCAUGUCGGAUAAAGAUAUCAAGAAAUUAAUGAAACAAGUUCAACGCUGUUAUGCUGAGAAUCGGCGCUCUUCCCACCCCUUGCAGCUCUACUUUACAAGCUUUGGAGGUAAAUCAAAGCAGAGACUUGAUGAUCUUAGUGGGCACUAUGUAAGCUGGGAUGUGCACAUCAAGAAUGAGUGCCUCACAGAAGUAUUCUCUAAAGAGAAUAUAAUAUACUUGACCUCAGAUUCUCCUAAUGUCCUCAAAGAAAUUGACAUGUCAAAGACGUAUGUAAUUGGAGGGCUUGUUGAUCAUAAUCACCACAAAGGUUUAUGUUACAACAUGGCACUAGAAAGAGGAUUAGGUCAUGCGCAGCUUCCUAUUGGAGAUUUCAUGAAAUUGUCAACGAGGACUGUACUAACUGUUAAUCAAGUGUUUGAGAUUAUUUUGUUUUAUACUGAGAGUAAGGACUGGCAGGAUGCUUUUAAUAAGGUUAUGCCCCAAAGAAAGAUAACGCCGAAGGUUAAAAGGAAGGGUAAAAACAGGGGGGUGCAUGUUGAACAAGAGAACAAUGAUGAUGUUAAAGAAGAAGAAUCCUGUAAAGGGGUUGAUAACUCAAAUGAUGAGGAUGAUGAAGAUCAAAAAUAGAAUAUGGAAUGAUAACAGAAAGGUCACAAAAACAAAUUAUCACCUAGAUAAGGUAACUGAAUGGAGCCAACUAAGACUUUGCCUUAGUUUGCUUGAGUGAACACAAAGUAAUGGCACCAAGUCAUAGUUUUAUUUUAUUAGGGACUUGUGGUGUUCAUACAUUUUACUGUAUUUUAUCAAGUCCUACCUCAGCUUGGAGCCAUGGUUUUGUGGUCACUUAAGAAAAUCCAAGAAAGGCCCAUUUCCUGAAUCAGAACCAAGAAGGUCAAAGAGUGACAGCUAAUGAAGUGCUAGCUAGUGUAACCUUAGGUGCUAGUCAAGAAAGGCAAGUAAUGCAAGGGUUAGUUUUGAAAAAAGGCUGAAUCAAAACCCAGAAACAUGCAAAAUAUC